GACCUCAGUCAGCACGUGAAUGCUAUAUAAACACUCUGGACAGAUAAACACGUGCGUGCACAACCUCUCAGCGAGCUGUUGUUGGAGGGAAGUGAAUGUGGAGGGAGAGCGGCGCUGGCGAGGGCAAUGCGGUCCUUGGCACGGCGCAAGCUCCCUGUGAUGCUGCGGUGCUUGCGGCUGGCUGAGCCCUGUCCUGUAGCCCAUAUAGGCUUUGGGGCUCUCCAAAAGGAUGGAGGUAUGUUUUUAAUGUCAGACAGCUGCCUUUCUUUGCAUGAUCCUUUUCUCCUUGCAGCUCAGGGAGCAGCAGAUCCUUUGUAAGCUCGUCUGUUUCUCCGCUGUGCUGGUGGAGGUGCCUAAAGGUCUCAAAUCAGAUUCUGAAAACUUUCAGUGCUGGAAAUUGGUAGCGCUUCUGAAAAUGUUGGCGAGACUGCGUGGCUCGAUACAGACGUUAGCUGAUGGCCAUUUGGAUAUGCUUCCACCUCAGCCAAGUCCUCGCCCCAUUGAAGCUAAUGAGAAUUUUCCUUGAAAAAAGCCAUAAUAAAAUUGCGUUUCCUUGCCAUGGAGGAGGUGUUUCAUGUGUUCAGGAGAACUUCAGCUAUCUGCUUUGAUUCUUGCCGCGCUUGUCCCGCCCUGCGCAAAGCGCUCUACCUUUUGAUCCAAAAUAGCACAGAAGAUGUUUUCCACAUGCCAUAGGAAAAUGGAAGAACUAUAAAACAUAAGUCUUUUGGAGUUUGGCACUGCUCUGUUCACAGAUAUAUUUAGCGUGAAUUGAAAUUGGUCAGCAAAAGGGCGUUUGCUGGGAUGACAGAUGGGUUAAGGUUGCGUAUCUGACUCAAUUGCAUACCUGUCCAUCCCAUGCUGGUGGGGUUGGUAGGUGGCCGAAUUGGUCUGUAGUCGUAAGCAGGCAUGGAUGUCUCUUUUCUCUUGAGCGGCAUUAAAAAGUAUUAUUUGGCUGUGAAUGGCACUAUUUGGCUCUCUGUUCUUCCAGUGUCACGACUCAGUGUUUCUGCUCCUGCCAUUGCUGCCUGGACCCUUUUAGCUCUUCAAAAUAGGGCCCACCAAACCUGACACUCUUCCAUGAAGGAAAGGUGGAACUGAUCUCCAUCAUAAUCCCUUUCCUAGCUGCUGGAGUGGGGGGAAGCCAUGAUUGGUGGCUUGAAUGCAUAUGAGCAAGAGGACAGGAAAAACAGGUCCUUCUUGACCAUAAGCAAUCUCUGGUAGCCCCAGGUCAGUAGAACUCCUAAGGAGCAGCAUGGGCUUCAGGAGAGGGAAAAGCUGUGCUGGGGCUCUGGACUCAGCCCAAAGUGGAUCAGCCCAGCUUGGCGGCAGGGAGGAAAUCUUGCAGUCGAUAGCAGCUGGACCUCUUUGGCUUCCACUCUAGGUUUGUUCCUGUGGCGGGUGCCCGAGGAGCCAAGACCAACCUCUCCCGUCCCUGGGUGUGUUUGUGCACAUGGGCUUGCACGCUCUGCUCCCACCAGGGGUUUUCUUUGGGCUGAUAUUUGUUAGCAUUGGAAAGUGAGAAAAAUGAGUGAAAAUAUUAUCAGAAGCAGGUUUUGUGAAUGAAUCAGCCAACAAGAGGCUUACCAGCUUGCCUUGAUUUACUAGAGUGGUGCUUAUUUGGGCAGAUGUCUAUAUAUUUUAGUUGGAGGCAGGAAGGAGCAAGAAUUGAUUGGGAAGGUCACUGCAUUCAUCACACUGCUUCUCUGCCACUCUGCACCACUGAUCUUCUGAAUGGAGCUGGGCACUGCAAGGCAUCCAAUAUGCAGCCUUGCUACACUCGCUCUCCUUGUGUUGUUGAUGGAUUCGUGACGUCACUGAGAAGAUGACAAAAGAAGUCAAAAGGCUAAAACCCUCCUAAAGUGGCUCACUGGGAUUCAGCUCCUGGCUAGCCUUACCCAUCUUCUGCAUGGGACUUUUUCAUUUGAUCCUGUCUGAAGGGUAGCCUCGUGGCCUUCUCUCUUCUCGCUAUGUGUUUCUAAUUAACGGGGAGACUUGUGGAUAAACAGAAGAUUCCUGCUCAAAAGUAUUCCUUGCCCAGCUCCUCGGAUGAUAGCCAAGGCAGCAAUUGCCAGGCAGCAGCCCAGACAUCGAGCUCGCCCAUCUGGCUAUCAAGCCUCACUCAAAUUCAUGUCUGGAACCAGUAUUGAGGAAAGUCACGCGCUUUGCCAGAUUGGUUUUGCCCCGUGUUUGCUUUUCAGUCGCUACCUAAGCAGCUUAAAAACUUGCAAACAAAACUCAUUUAGUAUUUCUGGGAAGUGUGCUGAUCCCAGUACAGGGAGAUCUGGGGCCAAAAUCAGGAGGAAGUUCAAAAGGACGUUGGACAGAUCCACAAAGGAUGGGAUCUAUUGGUGGCUUUUAAAUCCUGUCAGGCAGAUGCAAUUUCCAGGACAGAUGUGCUGUUGCUACUCGUCUCUAGCGCGGGUUGGGAGUGGUCCUUCUGAGGCAUGUCCCCAAGCAGAUGCUGAUGAUAUGUUGGGAAUGGGAUGCUGGGAUGUGUCUGACCCAGCCCUCUUGGGCUGCUCUGCCAUCAGUGUACAGGUAGGCACGUGUUUUCCGAGUAAUUGUGGACAACACUCUUCUUGCAUUUUCCCCUCUGGGAUCAUAGGGCAGUAACACACUAUGGUGCGCUAUGGAAAAGAGCUCAGGAAGCUGUGACAUAAAUGAAAUGUUUGUUACUAUCAUUUCUUUUUACUCUGUAUCAAGACAGUAGUUAUAAAACAUCACAAUGCAGCUUCUAAAAGGAAGCUUGGAUAUUAGGAAAAACCUCUCUGGAAGAGUGGUUUGGCACUGGAAUGGGCUGCCAGGGAGGUGGUGGGGUCACUGUCCCUGGAGGUGUUCAGAAAACAUGGAGACGUGGCACUGAGGGAUGUGUGGGUUAGUGGGCAGUGUUAGUGGUAGGUGGACAGUUGGAGUAGAUGAUCAUAGAGGUCUUUUUCCAAUCUUAAAGAGUCUGUGUUUCUAGAUUUUAAAAUCUAGAUGCUCUGCAUGCUCAGACUUACAAAAAGCAGGAUGGACUCAAAUAAGGUGUUAUUACGUGAACUAAAGCAUUGUGAGCCCUCCUUCGUUCAUGGUUUAAUGUGGUUUCUUAUUAUGAGUAUCUGGGUGCUGGUUGGACUAUAUGAUCUUUGUGGUCUUUUCCAAUCCAAUAUUAUGAUUCUAUGACGAAGCUGAAAUCAGAGAUGCCAGAGCCAGCCUGGCCUGUGUUUGCUGAUGAUGUGAGCCUGAGUGCUCUGGCUUCCCCUUGGUAUGCGAAGAUGCUUUGUGCUUAUCACCUCUAUAGGACCAGGAGGACAAAGCAGAGGGUGGAGGAAGUGAGAAGAGCCCAGUGUUAUCCCAGCUUUUUUUGCCAGCUGGUUUUGAAGUGGCUGGAUUAGGUAGGGGUCUUGUGGCAGAGCUGGUAUGCCACAUAGGGUGGUUCCGCAGUCAGAGGAAGUGGUCAAAUCCAGCAGUAGAUAGGCUGCGUGCUAGCAGCUGAAUGAGUAACGUACCACACGACAAAUGAUGUGAAAGAUGAUAUGGCAAGGAUGAUGACUGAAAUGGCAGGAUCUCUGAGGGAAAUUAGGGUGGCCAUAAAAGAGAGGCGAGGUAUUUUUGAAAGCGGUCCUGAGAAUUUAUUUUAGCACAUUAAUAUUGAACAACGGUGAUGACCGGUCUGAGAGCAUCCUUGCUGAGAACCACGUGGACAGCACUGGGGGGAUGCUGAGUGGAGCCAGCAGCAGGAAACCCCUAAAAACAGGCAUGAAGGAGAUGGCGGUGAUGAGGGAGAAGGUGAACGAGCAGCAGCGGCAGAUGGGCAAAGUGGGCAAGGCCCAUCACAACCACGAGGACUCAAAGAAGUCGCGGAUGCCGACAGGCAGGACCCCUUGCCAGCAGGAGCUGGAUCAGGUCCUGGAGCGCAUCUCCACCAUGCGGCUGCCGGAUGAGCGAGGUCCCCUGGAACACCUCUACUCCCUCCACAUCCCCAACUGUGACAAGCAUGGCUUGUACAAUCUCAAGCAGUGCAAGAUGUCGGUGAAUGGGCAGCGUGGAGAGUGCUGGUGCGUGGACCCCAUCCAUGGGAAGGUGAUCCAGGGUGCGCCCACCAUCCGUGGGGACCCCGAGUGCCACCUCUUCUACACAGCCCAUGAGCAGGAGGACCGGGGAGCACACGCCCUGCGGAGCCAGUAGAUGGAUGUGGUCCUGCUUGCUGUGGCCCCGGUGCUGGAUUUUUACAUGGGUUUCAGCAUGUCUCUUUUAGGCUCUGGAAGAGACCGGGGUUGGGUCCUGUGUGCUGCCCUCCUGCUGCCCCAGUUCUUGGGGAGGGAAGAGACGACAGGAGGGGAAGGGCGGGGGGGUGGGGGGGAGGUUGCAAGGAGAAGGGACUGCUUUCCUAUAGUCUUUUUGCCCAAUGUCAGCCAGAGAACCAGUCUUUUUUGCUCCUCGCCCCGUGGCCCUGCCCUCCCUGCUGCUUUGUGGCAUCUUCCUGCAGGCAAAACACCUUACCAUGGGUGGGAGGGGGAAAGAAAAAAGAAAAAGAAACAGACAACAAAGUACCAUUUCCCUCUUCCUCCCUCCCUUCCCCGAGACCAAAGACUGUAAAUACUGCCUCUUGUGUCCUGCCUGUCCCCUGUGCGUUGGUCCUGGUGUGGGAUGCGGUGCGGGAGGGAGGGAAGGAGGAAAGUCCCCACUUUCCAGUUGGAACGUGGCAGCAUGAUGGGGCUGCGUCCCUCGAGGGGGUAUCGCCAGGGGAUAUGGACAAGGCAGCCCCCUGAACUACCCCUGAUUGCAGCCAGCCCUGCUGCUCUGGGAGGAUGGGGCCUUUGGGUGACUGUGGAGCUGAAUGCUUGGUUUUCUGAGGGGUUUGGAGGGCUGCUGCCCAGUAUUUCUUAGGAUUGGCUUAAGCUGAGGGAGCUAAAGUGAACUUGCCGGGGCUGGGUGGAAGGGAUGCCUGUGUAGAUUUAGGAUAAUAAGCCAGGGAGUGUCUCUCUUUCUUUCUUUCUAGAUAGGAAAAACCCAUCUAAAACCUGCACUCCCAGCAGCUGCUCUUGUCCCUCCAUUUUCGCUUGGGACAGGAGUGAGCAUCUGCUUUUCAGCGCACACUUUUUUUAUUGUAAGUACAGUAUAUAUCAUGCUUUGUAAAGGCCCAGACACACACACGCACCCCUCUGCCCACGUGCAUGUUUGUAUAGGUUAAAUCCAAGCAAUUGCAGGCGCUCUGAGAUGUUUUGCACUGGACGUGCCGCUCUGAGGACCGAUGUGUCUCUGCCAUUACUUCACCUGUUGAUUUCUUUCUGUACAGAACACACCGAUGCUGAGAAUAAAUAACUUCCCUGUCGCCGAA